AUGACAGUUGCCUGUGCAAAUGUGAGAGAAUUGUGGUUUCAAAGAAAUAAGCAACUAUUUGAGGAAGUUAAGCCUCAUAGUAAUACUUUUAAAUGCAGAGUAUACAAAACAGUACAAGAAGGAAUCCACAAAAUGAAAGGGAAUAAAUGGAGUCAAGACUAUGAUUCUCAAGUAUUAUCAUUCUUCAAAAUUGGUGACAGAAACAUAAAAUUUAACUGCAUCAAAGAGACUUUCUGGAUUGCUCCUGCAGCUGACUUUACUUUAUUUUGUUGUGAUGGAAUAUCAUUUGGAGAUCCAGGGAAUGCAGGCAUUGGAGUCAUUGCUAGGGACUGCAACAGUCAGGUAUUUAGCACUCUUACAGGUGGAAUUAGUGUUGCUCUUACUUCAAUUGCAGGAGAAUAUGUUGUACUCUGUGCACUUGAAUGGGAUGUUUACCUAGAAUGUACCAAGAUAAUCAUUCAGUCAGACUCAAUCACUACCAUAGAAUGUUUUAAAAGUGGUGAAAUACCUUGGUAUAUCAAAGCAAGAUGGCUGAAAGUAAGUAAAAAGUUUGGAGAAGUUGAAUUGAUUCACUGCAUGAAGGAUAUAAACUUCACAGCAAAUACAUUGGCAACAAGAGGAGUAAGUUUAAAUACAGGAGAAAGAAUCAUUCACCUGGGAAGACCUUCAUUCCUAAAGAGAAUUAAACAACCAGGAGUACCUUAUUUUAGCUUAUGCUAA